UCCGCGGUAGUUUUUUUUCACAUGCAUUCAUGCUUUUGAUUCGAAAUUCUAAAAAUUUUAAAAUUGGCAUUAGCAUUUCAUAAAUAUGUCAGCAAAAUCAAAACUGAACAUAUCUUCGAAUAACUUUCAUGGCAAUUCAUCGUCAUCAUUGGUAGUAAAAGAUUUUCCAUCAAAACUUCCUUAUCGUAUUAUUGAAGCUCUUUCUACACCAAAUUUAGCAUCGAAAAAUUUGACAGCACGAAUAUCUCGUGAUGGCUGGGCUUGGUUCGUUGUUGGACGUAAAUUAUUCAUUUGGCGAUAUCUGGAUGAUACGAUUAGCAAUAAACCAAAGACUACCAAAUGUUAUGAAUUACUAUUGCCGGCUAGUGAUAUUGCACACAAAGCUGAACUAGUUUGUGUAUCGAAUUCGAUGACCCAUUAUCAACAGCAACAACAGAGCCGAUUUCCUAGUGCCAUCGCUGUAAGCCCUGAAGGUUCGAUCCGAUAUUGGCCAAGUAUAUUUCAGGAGAAUGAUGUUUAUGACGCGAUCGUCGGUGCCGAUCUGAACGGCCAAGAAUGUCAAAUUUUAAUAGAUAUUCGUCCGUUAGGAUGUAUACUAGGCACUACCACCAAUUCGUUAGCUCACAUUUAUGUUGAUUAUCGAUCGCGCCAAGAACCAAAUCAAUCACCGAUCAUAUGCCAUACGUUGAAGAUUCCGCAGAGUUUAUUCUCUGGUAUUGGCCGAAAAUUUAGUUCAUUCAUAUAUGGAUCAUUACCAACUGCAAAUUAUUCGGCCGAAUCCAGACAAAUUUUACGCAUUAUUCGUAACGAGCCAUUAGAUGAUAAUGAUGAUGUUUUACCGGUCUUUAUUCUAGCUUUACACAAUUGUUCCAUUCAAAAAUGGAUUAUUGAAGAUUAUGAUGGUGAAAAUUUUUGUGGUCGAAUCGAUUUAGAAAAACAUUUAAAAGAAGCUUUCAUCAACAAAUUUUGGGACCGUACAACAACGCAUCAUAAUCAGAUUUCCAUUUGGAUCAUGGAUAUUGCAUUGAAUCGAUUCAAUGAGAUAAUGCUGUUGGUCAUGUGUAACAAUUCUGAUGUGCCAAAUGAUAAUCAUUUUGCUUUGUUUUCAUUAAUGCCCGAUUUAUAUCCAUUAGAUGGAUCACCCCUUGAGUCACAAUAUUCCAGUUCGCCUAUAAAAUCAGCUCGAUAUUUAACCGACAUUCGUUUAUCAUUUAAUGAACUUCUUUUACAAUCACGUUCACCAUCAGCACCGUCUUUGUCUCAAAAUCGUCAAUUCAAUCUUAUCUCAAUGAUGGAUUCACAAAUUUGCUAUAUUUUCAAUUCAACUCGUAUUUAUAAGGUUAAUCUUAACAAUCAAGAUUCUAUUGAAGAAAUCGAUUUAGAAUCCAUGAAUGACUUUUUGUUCGGCGUCAAUCGAAUUGAUCAAAAUCUUCUAUUAUUAACCUUUAAGAAUGGAUUCCUAUCUGUUGAAUGUCAAACGGCAGAUUCGGUCUCUUCAAAACAAUUAUCUGCAUCGGAUCGAGAAUUCAUACAUUCUAAUCAAACUGAUAAAUUAUCCUUGCUAAAACGAGCGUUACAAUUUUUUAUGAAGGAUGAUAAAACCCGUGCUGAAUUACUUGUACACGAGACGUUUCCGUUCAUCCGAACAGAACCAGCGGCUGAAAUUAAACAACCUAUAAAUACAACAGAAUUGGAUGCGACUGUCUGUGCACUCAGCACGAAUAUCUGUGACCAGAUACCGCAUGCUGAUCCACGAUGGUCAACUUUUAUUGAUAAUGAAAAUUGUUUUGAUCUACAGCAGCCGAAUCAGAAACAACAAGAGCCUCCUGGUUCUGUUAUCAUUGGGACACAAUUAGAGGAGAAAAUUUUGACACACAAUUCAUUCAUCGAAUUGCAAAAAAGAACAGGUAUAUGGGAUUCACUAACAUCGCUGACAACUUUCAAAUCCAUUUUGCCGACCAAAUUGAUUCUUUGUGAACAUUCGGAAAAGCUACUAGUUUGUAUGGCACUUUGGAAAUUGCAUCCACAUUACGGUACCAUUCUUGUAAAUGCAAUUAAAAAGGUUUUGGAUAAACGAAAAGGCACCGGAGUGUUAAAAGGAUUCGAUUCACAUAGUCAUCUAACUAAUCAAGAUUUAUUCUAUCGUGAAGUGACCAAAGUGGAUGAAUUAUUCUGGCAGCUAGUCGAGAUAGAAGAAACACAAUUCCAAACAGGUCAUACAUAUGACGAACAAUUGAUCAUUUCGAUAACGGAUAUAAUGACCUCAGUGUUUGCUGAAGUAUGUCGAUAUCGACAAAUUAAUGGUGUUAUUUAUCAAUCAGCAGUGGUUGCCGAUUGUGAUUAUGUACCAUGGUCAUCCGAACAACGGAUAAGCGGUGUUCGAGAUGUUUGGAUCAAACAAUUUGAUUUACUCAUUCGAUGCUUCCGAGUCGAUGCGCAAUGUCAUAUGAUUGGUGAUGAAGAACGAUGGAUUUUUGUUGGACAAAAACUUGCUGAUUUAGCCGACAUUAUACUUGAUAGUUUUGUAUGUCAACUCGGUUAUCUUAAUCCAACGAAUGAAAAAUUUGCAACACUACGGCGAGCUUUUGAAAUGAUCCGAUAUAAAUGUCUUGAACCAUUGCUUCGAAUAAAACAAUAUGAUCGUGCUGCUGAAUUAGCCGAAAAAUACGAAGAUUUUGAUAUACUCAUCAAAAUAUGUGAAGCAUUGGACAAUCAAGAACAGCUCAAACAUUAUUCACAACGUUUUGCCGAAAAGGGAUUUGCCGAAUAUCUAUUCGAAUGGUAUUUGAAAGAAGGAAAGCAAGGUAAAAUGUUAUCAUCAUCGACAACAGCUAAUAAUCAAAAAUUGGAUGCAUUUUUAUCCAAUCAUGAUUCAUUGAAAUGGUUACAUCAAUUGCAUUCACAUCGAUACAAAGAAGCAAGUUCAACAUUGAAAAAACUUGGCCUAUUUGAAGAGAAUUGUGUUGCACGUAGAAAAACAAUGCUUAGCAUUGGUAAAUUGGCAUUGAUUGCAAGUGGUGAUACGAAUUAUUCAGAUUUUGAUGAUCAACUUUGUUUUCUUCAAUAUCAAUCCGAUCUUUCUGAUUCUUUGUUACAAAAAAAUGGUCUUGAUCGUAAAACAAUGUCUGUUUUUCCACCCAAACAAUUGGUCGAUAUUUUGAUUUCAGGUGUCGAAGGUCCAAAUGAAGAAUUGAAAAAUUUUCAAAAGGCCCUUGAAAUUGCUGAAAUCGUUGAACGACGAUAUUCGAUUGAUCUUCAUCGUCAGAUCUUGUUUAAAAUCUGGCAAAAAGCAUUCGAAAAAGAUGAAUGGAGCAAAUAUUGCACUGAUAAUUUGGAAUUGUUCAUUAAAAAAUCGUUUUUCUAUCAAUUGGCCAUCACUUAUUAUGGAGACGAAUCAAAAAAAUUACCCGAUAUUGAAGCAUUGGCUGAAAACUUUUCGUUGGUUAAAGAAAAUCAAAAAGCUGCCUAUUUCCUACGUGCCGCAUAUGAAAUGAUUCUAUAGAAUCAAGUACUAAUAAUUGAAUUAUCGCCAAUAAUUGAUUAUCAUUUCUUAACAUGACGUCAUGCUCAUAAUUUCAUUUCUUAAAUUUAAUUUGGAAUUUCAAAUCUAAUAAUGAUAAAGUGAGUGGAAACUGUUAUGAGUAAACAGCCAAUAAAAAGCAGAAUCAAAGUUUUCAAUUUUCAA